GUGGCCAGUUGGCACCUUGUAAAGGUUUGCAUGACUAAAAACCCUAGCUUUCCCUCCCUUCUGCCGCUGCUGCUGUUGCUUCUUCUUCCCUUCAAUCUCCAUUGCCAAACCCAGGACCUUGCGACUUCACCACCGACUAAAUCUCCUCAUCGGUUAAAACAGCGGUUGCAGCCCCUAUUUUGUUGAAGAAGUCCUGUUCGUGUGUCCGAACUAGGAAGAAGGACUGAAAAACCAGCGUCUGUAACUCCCUUUUUUCACCUAUUUCUCUGUCAUAUUCGGUUACGCCCUUCUUUUUUUUAGACAGAAGGGGGGGUUUAUAACAGGUACGCGGACCCUGUUCAGCGUCUGUAGCAUGUUUAAUUUGAUUUUGAUGGCUUAUGGUGGAUGGGUCUUUGUGACAUCUAGGCGGUGCUCAAUAACUUGGAACUUGGAAGAUGCACAUGAACUAAUCGAUACUGUGGUCUCAACAUCUUUGAAAGAAAGCACACCAGUUUAUCUCAGCGUUAGCUGUAAUUCGGCGGGCAUUCCUUAUCCUACUUUUAGUUGAGAGCCCCUCCUGUUCUUCCUGUCUCCUAGCUGGCAGAAGAUCAAAAUCCCCAACAGGCUCUGCACCUAGAUUGGAGACUAUGGGUGUGGAAUUGGCAACCGAAAGACCUGGAUUCUAUGAAAUGGCAGAUAUUGAUGUUAGCGAUUCAGAGCUGGUCUACCAUGUCCGUGAUGCCCUAAAAUCAGUAUCUCAAGGUGAUAGUGACCGUUAUAACCAGUUGAUUGCGGUUAUGCACUAUACUGGACGUCUUGCUCCUGAUGAGGUGGCAAUGCUUGUGACAAGUUUAAAGGCAUUAUCAGGAUCUAUCUCUUACAUUGACAUCAUUCACCAUGAAUCUCUUCUCUCAUCUAUUUUUGGGAUGAGUAUGUGGAACUAUGGACCUGAUGUAAUGGAUGCAUUAGUUGAACUAAUUAUAUCUUUGGCUGCUUCCAAUGGAAAGUUUGUUGAUUCAUGUUUGGACAUGCUUGUUAGAAACUUCAUGCCACCCAAAUCUUACUUAGAUUUACUUGGUCAUCCUCGUGGUCUUGCAAGAAAACAUGAAGUUCUUGAUCGGGUGCAUUCGGCUUUAAGCCACAUAGCUGAUUUGGUGCCUCUUGCCCCCAUGAGGUUAACUCCUAUAAUUCUCCAGAGAAUGCCACACAUGUUUGACAAGGAAGCUUUGAUUGUGAUAUAUGUGGAGAGCAUGUUGCUGCUGGAGAGCAGUGCACUUGGAGAGCUUGUUGGGAGCACAAUGCUAAUGGCAUUGGUGGACAGGCUUAUAGAUUUAGAUGUGGAGAUAUCUUGGGAUGACAUUAUACAUGAAGACUCUGGUAAAGGGAUCUUUGACAUGGAACUAGAAGAUGUGGAUGAUAUUAUAGACCAUGCAGAGAUAGAUGGUUUUGAGCACCCAAGAGGAACUGCUGGCAGUCAGAUUUUGGGGACCAAUGCAGUUGCUGACAAAUUAGAUAGUUUGAUGGUACUCAUAUGUGAACAUCUUAAAUCAUGUGCUGAUGGCGAACGUCUGACAAAGGUGUUCGAAACACUUCUUCAGUCUUUUUGGGUAACCGUCCUCAAUGCAUACAAGUCGAAGUUUUCCCAAUUUGUAAUGUUCUAUGCCUGCUCGCUGGAUCCUGAACAUUGUGGUGAGAGAUUUGCAGUUUUUCUUGCUGAUAUUUUUGUAUGCAGAACCCAUCCCGCACUUACAAGGAUGAGUGCUGUUGCUUACCUUGCUAGUUAUUUAUCCCGUGGGAAGUUUUUGCCACUCUCCUUGAUUGCCAGCACAUUGAAGAGACUAGUGGAUUGGUGCCUCGAAUAUUGCCAUGUUCAGAAUGGAGAAGAGAAAACUAUAAAUCUGGAAGCUCAUAGAGUGUUUUAUUCUGGAUGCCAGGCUAUUAUGUAUGUGCUUUGCUUUCGUAUGAGGUCAAUGAUGGAUUCUCACCGUCUGAAAUCACAGCUACUUCACAUGCCUCUAGAACCAAUAUUUUGUCAUCAAUUGGAUCCAUUGAAGGUGUGUCUUCCCUCCAUUGUAGAGGAAUUCCUCCGUCAGGCAAAAGCUGCUCACCUGUUCACUGUGUCAGAGACGUUUCUGUUUAACAACUUGCUAGAAUCAGAUUUGUCAAAGGCCUUUGGUGGGAUGGAAAGGCUUGACAUGUUCUUCCCAUUUGAUCCAUGCUUAUUAAAAAAAUGUGACAGAUUUAUCCGCCCAAGUUUUGUGUAUUGGUCAAUGGUUAAAACUACAUAUGAUGAUGGUGAAGACUGCAGCAGUGAAGAAGAUAUCAAUGAAUAUUUUGAUGGGAAUGGAAAAAGCUACAUGGAGAGUGGCAUCACAAGGAGUUUGGAUGAGCAUGAUCUCGAUCUUGAUGAAUUUGAGUACCAAUUGAAUAAAAUGUCAAUUACUCCCAGGAAUUCCUUGAAAAAUGGGUUGAUUUUUAAAUUGGAGAACCCUUUUAGAAUGCCUGCCAGAAUCAGACCUUCCACUAGUCCCGAGUCCUUGUGAUACGCGAGUUGUAUUUCCCUUGCUGCAUCCUCGAUAUGGAAAGGAGGUUGGGUGGGAGGGUUUCCAAAGCUGCUCUCAUGCAAGGUUUAUAUUCUUACCCAUGUUAUGUGAUUCCUGGUUUAUUCGAACUCCAGGUUGUCAUUGCGAAGCGUCAUGCAAAUGACUCUUAAGUCUGAAUCUGAAUCUGUGUACACCAAGCGUUCGGGAGCUGAUGUAGUUCAAAACUUGAGAUUAGGUCAUUUCAGAGACUUCUGCAUGCUGUGGCCUGUGGGUUGGUGAGUCGAAGACUUUCAAGGUUUGAAGUUUGAGAUGUCCACAUCCAGACUGAGCUGCGUCCGACAGUUGAGCACAAGAAAAAUGGGUUUCUUUGAAACCUUUGGCUGUAACCCUGUAAAUAUAAAAUGUGGAGAAUGGUUAGAAUGCUUUUAUAAGUUGAAAUGCUAAGAACAAUAUCAAAUAGAUGUACCGGAUGCUUACAUGUGAUUGAAUUCUAUUUUACGGUCGUUUAUUGGCUGUCUGUGA